UCUGAGGGUCUCUCUCUCACUCUCUCUCUCUCUCUCUCUGCUUUGCAGCUUUCGUUUUUCUUUCCUCUUUUUAUUGUAUGAUCUUUGCUUUUCAUUUUUACCAUCAGUUCCUUUCUUUUUCCUUUGGUCCACCACACCCACCUUCCCUCUCUCCGCACCUCUUCAUCCGCUUCCGCUUCCUCUACUGCUUCUAUACUCUUUAUCUCUCUCCGUCAUUCUGCGUGCGUGUGUGCAGCCAUCUCAUUGGAGGGGAAAGAUGAGGGAGAUUUGGGCAAAGGAUAAAAUGGGGAAUCUUUCGUGCUGAGGACUUUGGUGCCCAUCAGCCAGUUUGCUGCAGUGGUGAUAUUCACUAUCUUGUAUGAAGAGCACGUCUCUGAUGUUGGUUGCCUGAUAAAGGAAGAUAUCAUGUUUUUGUGAGUUGAGACCGUGAGACGAGUUACUCUCGGAACUCGAGAUAACUGUUUGGUUAAACAGUUUUACAAUGGAAGGAUUGAGCUUUGUUGAUGGGCCGUUGGAUUAUGCUGAAUUUAAGCUUUCGCCAGAUAAAAAGGGGUAUGAGUUAUUCAUUUCUUACCAAGGAAAAGACGAGAGAGUGGAUUUAGGGUAUCUGGAGCAGAUUAUUUCAUAUAUACCAUCUGCGAAGGAAUAUUUUGAUCAGUCAAAUGGGACUUUUAAACUGCAACCAGCUGAAAGCCCUAGCAGAGCCCGCUGGUUUACUAAACGAACUUUGGACAGGUUUUUUCAUAUUGUUGGUGCAUCUGAAUCAUUAAAACGUGCAGUCGAGCUUGAGCAUGAGAUGUCCCAGUUGGAGCAAGCUAGGAGGUUUCAUCUUGCCCUAUACUCCGAGGGUGAUGGGGACCAUGCCUUGACAGGAUCUGCAGAUAGAAACUACAUGGAAGGAAUGAAAGAAACAGAGAAGUUAAAUGUCCUGGCGGCCUCCUGUGAUGCAUCAAAGAAUGAACUGUUGCGUGCAAUGGAUGUAAGAUUAGCAGCACUGAGAGAGGAGUUAACUAGCACGCUCGAUCAAGCUGCAGAUGGCCCUUGCUCAUUUCAAGAGCUCACUGAUUUACUGGAGUUUACACAGAAUUUUGCAUCAACAGAUUUAAAGAACUUGUUUUUGAAGUACUUUGCUCUAAGCCAGCAUAGUCAAGUGCUUGAUGCGCUAGACAGGAAGCACUCAACCUCUCUGCACAUGGAUCAAAUCUCUGGAGCUGGUAAUGGAACCAGCUUGAUGGACUUUGCAGCUGCUUCUCUUUCAGCAUCUAGUAGCACUGACAAAGAACUGUAUUCUAGAAAUACCAUCUCUCCUUCAAAAAUUGCUCAAGCUGAAAGGAAGAUGCUAACUGACAGUGAGGAAUCAUCUGAUUCAAGUGAUGAGAGUCGGACACCUGCUGAAAGAAGUCGACCGAUGAUAAGAUCUGCAUCACCAAGGAGGUCAGCAUCCCCAAUGCGAAGGAUCCAAAUCGGUAGAUCUGGUUCACGAAGAUCAACAGCACUCACUAUUAAAAAUCUUGGUUUCUAUCCUGCAAGGGAAAAGCUACCAAAUAAUAAUAAGGAAAGUGACAGUGAGGACGAAGAACCAACAGAUAGGCCUAAGAAGCCUGAAAAUUCUGUCAGAAGCUUCAGUGUUCAGGAUGCAAUAAACCUCUUUGAAAGCAAACAGAGAGACUUGAGUUCUGACUUCCAAAAAAGAAGGGCUUCUGCUGAGACGAGUGCUUCUUUUAUCAACACAAGGAAGUCGGUCCUGAGGAGAUGGAGUGCAGGUAUGGACGAUGGUUCCCCAAAAUGUGCUCCAGGAAAUGCUUCUCAAGAAGCACCAGAGGAAAUCAGAGUGGGUUUUGAGGAGCGCUCAGCAGAAAAGAAUGCAGAAGUUGGUGUUUCGGCUUCAUUAGAGAGGCCUUCUAUUCCUGGAAAAAAUUAUGAUGUGGACAAUACCAUUGACAGGAAUGGUGAGGAAUCGGUUACAAAUGGAACUAUCAAAGUAGUUAAACCAAAUCUGGAUGAAACUUGUGAACAUGAAAUCACAGCAGCUGAAUGGAAUCAGCAGAAGGAGGCUGAGUUGAAUCAGAUGUUGGUUAAAAUGAUGGAGUGCAAACCUACUGGGUCUCUAAAGCAGUCUGAAUGUGUUGCAAACCAGGCUUCCCUGGAUUUGUCAAGUGAUCAGAAGGGUGGCUUCUAUGAAAAUUACAAAGAGAAGAGAGAUGCAAGGCUACGAGGGCAGCAUGCUGGGAAAAAGGUUGAGAAGGACAGAAAACUGAAGACAGGGAAGGAAGAACUUGAGCGACGGAAAGUAGAAGUGAGUAGCAAAUCUAGUGCUAAUGUGAAACAGAACCAGCUGGGGCCAUCUCAAAAGCUUCUAAGAAAUUCUUCUCCAUCUGGAUUACCAAAACGGGAAGUUUCAAAACCACAAACUUCCAAAAAAGCUCCAUCUAGGGCAUCACCUGUAUCUGUAACACGUAGCUCCAUGUCAUCAGUUCCAACACCAAGGACCUCCAUCACACCAACUAGAAUGUCUACCACUCCAUCAUCCUCUUCAAAUAGCACAAAUCGCAAGAAACAUCAACCAUCUCCAUCCCCGACCAAAACAAUUCCCAAAAAAGAAAGAUCACAAGCACAGCAACCUCCAACAAAAAGUAAAGGUGCGCAGAUUGAAGGCAAGGCUAACUUAAGGAGCAAGGAUGAGAAGAAGCAAAAUGUGAUAAGAAAAUCUAACACUAGUUCACAUGGUGCUAAAACUGGUGUUACUGCUACUGCAGAUGUUUCAGGAACAACUUCAUCAAAGCCAAGCUUCUACAGUAAAGUAACAAAGAAAAGCAGUGUGGUGCCACUGGAAACAAAGCCUUUCCUGCGUAAAGGGAUGGGAAUUGGCCCUGGUGUGGGGUCUGUUGUUAAAACAAAGGGAACACAACCUGAUGACUUGUCUAAGGUAGAUGUUAACACUAACCAAGUGCAAGACGUGGAAAAGGUCACUGUAAUGGUGGAUACUCCUCAAUCUCCAGAAUGCAGUGAAAUGGAUGAGCUGAAAAUUGAUCCAUCUGAGUCAGAGCAGUGUGAGAGCUUCCAGAAGCAACUCGAGGUUGGCAACCUUGAAUCUAAUAUUAUGGAUCAGAUGGAACAGGUGAAUUCUAAACCAGAUGAGUGCACAAAAACUGAAAUUACAUUUCCUGAAGAAGUCCCUACUGAUGGUGGACAAAUCUGUGUGCCAGAGGAUGUGGCAGAUCUGAUAUGGGUUGAAAUGGAUGAACAAGAGAAGCCAACAGUAAGUGAAAUUACAUCCAUUGAAUCAACAAUCCCAGCAGUUGCUGAAUUAUCUGUACGGAGCCCUCGAGUUCGCCAUUCUUUGUCACAGAUGCUUCAGGCUGACAGUGGGGAAUCUGAGAUAGUGAGUGAAUGGGGAAAUGCAGAGAAUCCACCAGCCUUGGUUUAUCAGAAAGAUUCACCAAAGGGCUUUAAAAGACUUUUAAAAUUUGGUAGGAAGAGUCGAGGUGGUGAUAGUAUGGCAACUGGGUGGGCCAGUUCACCAGUUCUUUCUGAGGGUGAAGAUGACAAUGAGGAGCCAAAAGGUGCCAGCAGAAGAAACAUAGAUGCUUUGUUGAGGAAGUCUGCACCACACAUAAAAGGCUUCGGACAACAGAAGACUAUGCUUGGGCAAAGUCAUGAUGCGGGGAACUCUAGCAAGAAAAGUAUGGAAUGCAAUACCAUGAACGAUCUCUUACCAAAACGUUCAAACUUCAGCAACAUCGCUUUGCCUUCUCCGAAACUGCGACAGGAGAAAAUCUCUGCAGCUGCUGCCUCGACCAAAGCAACAAGGUCAUUCUUCUCCCUCUCCACAUUUAGAAGCAAAGGAAGUGAAGCAAAGUUGCGGUAAUGUUAGUUUUGGUACACUUUUGGCGUUUGCCUCCUGUCUGAAGAGUGAAUGAAGUUUGGGCGUGCGUCCAGAUUGUGCUCUUUUUUUUUUUCCUUUCCACAUCCCUUCUCAGUAUGUCCUAUUUUACAUUAAUUUGGUAGCAAGGCUGAUCUUUUUAUCCAUGCCGAAAAAAAAGGCGAUGUUUUAUGUUGUAAGAGUUGUCUGUAUAUGCAAUGUGAUUAUCACUAUAAUACAGUUCUGCCAAACCACAA